GCCCGGUGCUGGGCGCGGCCGGAGAAAGUCCAUGUGAGCCGGAGCGCCGGGCCGCCGGAGCACUUCCUGCCGCAGGCCGGACCGGGCCGGCGCCCGCAGAUGUGCCCCGCUCGGCCGCUCCCGCACUGAGAGUCUGAGGCCCACCCGCCGCCCCCGCCCGCCAUGUCGCAGACGCUGCACAUCGAGAUCCCCAACUUCGGGAACACCGUGCUCGGCUGCCUCAACGAGCAGCGUCUGCUGGGCCUCUACUGCGAUGUGUCCAUUGUGGUCAAGGGCCAGGCCUUCAAGGCCCAUCGGGCCGUCCUGGCCGCCAGCAGCCUCUACUUCCGCGACCUGUUCAGCGGCAACAGCAAGAGCGCCUUUGAGCUGCCGGGCACGGUGCCGCCCGCCUGCUUCCAGCAGAUCCUGUCCUUCUGCUACACGGGCAGGCUGACCAUGGCGGCCAGCGAGCAGCUCGUGGUCAUGUACACGGCCGGCUUCCUGCAGAUCCAGCACAUCGUGGAGCGCGGCACGGACCUCAUGUUCAAGGUGAGCUCACCCCACUGCGACUCGCAGACCGCUAUGAUCGAGGACGCCAGCUCCGAGCCCCAGAGCCCCUGCAACCAGCUGCAGCCGGUCACCGCCGCGCCCCCCUACGUCGUGUCCCCCUCCGUGCCCAUCCCGCUGCUAACCCGCGUCAAGCACGAAGCCGUGGAGCUGCCGCUGGCCGCGGGCCCAGGCCUGGCCCCCAAGCGCCCGCUGGAGUCGGGCGCCCGGGACGGCGCGACAGUGGCGACGGGCCCCGCGGUGGCGGCAGGCACGGCCCCUCUCAGGCUGCCCCGGGUCUCCUACUACGGGGUGCCCAGCCUGGCCACCCUCAUCCCCAGCAUCCAGCAGGCGCAGUACUCCCAGGGGGAGCGGACCAGCCCGGGGGCCAGCAGCCUGCCCACCACCGACAGCCCCACCUCCUACCACAAUGAGGAGGACGAGGAGGACGACGAGGCCUACGACACCAUGGUGGAGGAGCAGUACGGCCAGAUGUACAUCAAGGCCACGGGCAGCUAUGCAGUGCAAGAGAAGCCGGAGCCCUUGCCACUGGAGAGCCGUUCCUGCGUCCUCAUCCGCCGCGACCUGGUGGCCCUGCCCGCCAGCCUCAUCAGCCAGAUCGGGUACCGCUGCCACCCCAAGCUCUACUCCGAGGGGGACCCCGGCGAGAAGCUGGAGCUGGUGGCAGGCUCUGGCGUCUACAUCACGCGCGGGCAGCUGAUGAACUGCCACCUCUGCGCAGGGGUGAAGCACAAGGUUCUGCUGCGGCGCCUCCUCGCCACCUUCUUCGACAGGAACACGCUGGCCAACAGCUGUGGCACGGGCAUCCGCUCGUCCACCAGUGACCCGAGCCGCAAGCCGCUGGACAGCCGCGUCCUGAACGCUGUGAAAUUGUACUGUCAGAACUUCGCCCCCAGCUUCAAGGAGAGCGAGAUGAACGUGAUCGCUGCGGACAUGUGCACCAACGCCCGCCGCGUCCGCAAGCGCUGGCUGCCCAAGAUCAAGUCCAUGCUGCCCGAGGGCGUGGAGAUGUACCGCACGGUCAUGGGCUCCUCGGCCGCCAGCGCGCCCCUGGACCCCGAGUUCCCGCCCGCCGCCGCGCAGGUGUUUGAGCAGCGCAUCUACGCCGAGCGGCGGGGCGACGCCGCCGCCAUCGUGGCUCUGAGGACUGACGCUGUGAAUGUCGACCUGGGCGCCUCCACCAACCCCACCUUCGAGGCCGGCUCGGAGGCCGACGGGGCCGGCUCGGUCGUCCAGGAGGUGGCUGCGCCCGAGCCGCUGCCCGCCGAGGGCCAGAGCCCCCCGCAGCCCUUCGAGCAGGGCAGCGCCAGCAGCAGCCGGCCCGCGACGCCGGCCACGGGGAGGAGACCGGAGGGCCCGUACGCAGGGACCUUGUAGGGGCCCGAGGCCGGACCGGGCGCCAAGGCGGGUACUGAAGCUGCUUGCAUGCGUUACUAAUGCAGACAAAUGUGAUCAAGCCACUUACCUACUGAACUGCUACUGUUGCCUGAAAAAAAUGUGAUUUUUAUUCUGCUUGUAUUUAAAAUUCAUGAAGGAAACAAAUGCAUUCGUUAUACUGUAAACGAUUAGGCCCCUGGCGACCUAGUUGCGAGGAAGGUCCCGGGGCUCCUUUUUGAUAUUCGAGAGGUUAGUCUCCACGUUGUAGCUUUCCCUCCCCCUGUGCGGGGAGGGGGCGAGAGGCCGCCAGACCCUGGUGCCCGGCCUCCUGCCCCCACGGUUCCCUCUGCCUGGGGCGAAGCCAGGGGCCUGUGGGGUGGGAGCACGUGUCUUGGGACCCUCGUUCCUUUCCCAUGGGGACCCCCCCCCACUCCGGGACCACGGGCCGGGGCUGGGCCCCCAGGGGCCAAACUCCUCGUUCUCCCUUCUUCCUGAGACUCGGGGCCCAGGCCCGCCGGGCCCGCCGUGCGUGCGGGGUGUGGCUGUGUGUGUGCGGAGCGUGUGUGAGCGUAGGCGGGGGCGGUGGUGACGGCACAGUGAUGGGCCGUGCUGGUCACUGUGGGUGGUGGAAGCGAUCUUGGCUGUGUCUGCUCUCCUGCCCCGCGCCCGUGGGGUCUGCCCUACCCCUGCGGCUCCACGGACCCUCGGUCCACCUGGGACCCAGGGCCUGGGCCGCCGGCCCCGGCGCCUGCUGGCUCCAGCCUGGCCACCCGGCCCGGCUACCUGCCCACCAUCCUGUGAGGUGGGGCCGCUGCCCCGGGGCAGCCCACGCAGUCCGCGGCCACGUCGGGUUUUAUGUUUGUUUGUUUAUUUGUUUUCGUCUUAAUUCAGAUCUAUUUCAUGUAUGGUUUGGAAACUUUCAGACCCAAAAGAGCAAAAAAAUUAGGGAGGAUUGGGGUCCCUGCCCCAACCCGCUACGGCUUGGGGGUGGGUCCGCCUGGAUACCACGCCCCCGGGCGUGUUCCGGAGGAAGGGAGCCAGGGGCCGGGCUGGGGCUGGAGCCGGCCCCUCGGUGCUGGGCUCCCCCGCAUGCGCCCUGAGCCCCGGGGUAUGCGCACCUCUGAGGCUGUGGCUGGGUGGGCACAGGCCUGAGCUGGGGCAGUUUGCGGGCGCACGGGUUCUGGAAUGCAUGGUGGGCGGGGUGGUGGGGGCGUGGAAGUGUUGGUUUGAGGCUGGAAAGCUCACUGUGAAGUUUAAUUGCUGUUUGCGGGGAGGGGCGCAGGCUCUCCUAAGUGCUCUGUCCGGACAUCCAGGGGUUGCCUUCCCCUCGAGUCCCAGGCAGCCCCCAGGCCUGGCCAGAGGCAUGCCCCACCCCCAGACUUGAGCGGGCCUGCUGCUCCCCCCGCCCCGCCCCCGUCUCGUCGUUCCCCCCCGCCCCCCGUCGGGCAGGUAUGGCUCAACCCUCCUGACCGCAAAGUUGAGCCACCCUAGUGUGGGUCCCAGCGGGGGGCAGGGCGGGGGGGGGGGGUGCUUAGGCACUCUCCCACCCGAGCUCCUCGUCCUGCUGACUGCAGCCCUGCCUUGUGGAGGGCCCUUGGGGGAGACCUCGGGGUGGGGGCGCCUUCCAGCCAGGCCAGACCGGUGCCUGCCCUCCAGAGAGCGCUGAUGGCUCCGGGCCGGGGUCGGGGGACCCUGGGUGGGCACUGGCGCAGGGAGCGCCGAGCCCUGUGGUCCCGGCCCAAGGGGCUGCAGCUCCUUCCUGCAGCUCCUUCGGACCAACCACCUGGCCCAGAGGCGUGCCUCCUCUGUCUCAGGCCCAGGUGGGGUUGGAGCUGGCAGGGCCCCCCCCCCCAAGGCCCACAGCCCACCAGGGACCAGGACCAAGUCCUCCUGGAGUUGGGAGGAGGCCACACCCCCGAAGCUGUCAGGAGGCUGCGGGGCGGGGCGUGGUGGGUGAGGCAGACCCCACUGUCCCCCGCUCCAGACGGAGGUCCCUCCAUCUGUCCCUGCCCCACGUUUGCACUUUCAUUCCACCAUCCCGGGGGACCUUCAGGGGCUGGCUGCCCGUCCUGGCUGUUGACAGAAGGGCUCGCUCUUCCCCUCUCCCCCACUCCGAGGUGGGCACGGCCCUCACCCGAGGCCAGGACAAGGAGGGGUGCCGCUGGUCCAGCGGGGGAGGCGGGGGCCUGCCAGAGACGGCCUCACCGCCGCUCAGGCUAGCACAAUGUCCCGUGACCUCUGUCCUUUGAUUGUUUAUAACCGCCGUCUGUUUUCUUGUUCUGGGUAAGGAAGGCAAGAGCUACAGGUGAAAGUUUACUAAUAGUCAAAUGUGAAUGGGUUCUGAGCUCUCCCUGCGCCCCGGGCGGGCCAGGCCGAGCGUUUUGCACUAAUGUGUCCCGCGGUGGUGGGUGAUGGACGUGGGUCGUGGACGUGGGUCGGGAGCGUUGCAGACGGGCGUGGCUGAUGAUUGUAGCUGCCGGGCGCUCCCUCUGUGUCCUGAAUGUCCCUCGGCGUGGGCGGCGGCGGGCCUGGGCUCGGAGGGGCCUUCCAGAGUGCCUUAGCAUCUUUUGAUCAUUUUUCCCAAGGAAAACCAAUUAAGAGAACCGGACCCUCCCCCUCCUCUGUUUACAAGACGACUCAUUCCUGUCCUGUGAGCGUGAUCCUGACUCACCCAGAUCCUGUAGACCGAGAGACAAGCCACUCAGUAUUUAUGAGAUGUCUGCACCUUUAUCCCUGAGCUUGACUAUUAGCAAUACGCAUAUAACUACAUAGAGUCUAUUAUAUAGAGCUAAGUCCUAUCAGCGCCUUUGGAGGAGAGGAGGACUGGGCCAGUCCCAGCGGCUGUGGUGGGCGGCUGGCCUGAGCUCCAGCGGCCGCCUGCCCUCUCCUGCCCUCCCCAGCGGCCGGGACGUGCCAGGGAAGCAGCUGGGACAAGUGCAAAGGUCCAGGAGAAGGGACCGGGAGAUGCGACCUACCGUGAGCUCGGUGGGGCCGCCCGCCUGGCCGGCGGCCUCGGUACUUGAAUCCCAUCUUGCUUUCUGCACUGUGUCUGGUCUCGCCCAGAGUCCUCUGUGGUUGCUUAACCUUGCAUUUGAUUCGAUCGGCUUUCCUUGCCCCCUGAAUGUGGACGAGAGGCGAGGGGGAGAGGCCUCUGAGGUGCAGCCCUCGGCCCCUGCCCGCUGUCCCGGAGCCGGGCCUGUUUCUCCUCCGUGAAAACGCGUUCCUCGGCGGCCUUAGAGGAAGGAGGAAGGCAGAGAGAGGCUCGGCCCGGGAGGGGCCUGCUGUGUGCCCGGCCAUGACCUGUCCCCAUUUUGACGGCCGGAACCCUCCAGCACUGGCCCCGUGCGUGCCACCCUAGCCGUUGAUGGCUUAGAUGCCCCUCCAACGGGUUAUCUUUAUGGAAAUAUCUUGCUGCGAGUAGAAGAAGGCCUAUGGCCCAUUAACCAACUGAAAACUCAGAGAAAACCUCUGUUUGCCUCUGCCAGCAGUAAAUCCUAAACACAGAAUUGAGAGUUCAGAGCCGUCUUGAGCUUUGACUACCGUUUCCAAAUGUUGCUGCAUAAAUUUGUCGUUAUGUCGUCCAGCCGGCUCCGGGCGUGUCACCCGCCGGUGGCCGGGGACCAUGGCGGGCUCGGUACAAGGUGUUCCUAACACAGCAAGGGUUUCUGGGUUUUGUUUGUUUGUUUUGUUUCUUUGAGAAAAAACGGAAAGGAAAGUGAUGCAGCAUCUAAAGCAUUCAGAUUGGACAGCCUGCCUGAAUCCCGAUCAGCGCUUCAGCGUUAGUGUUUUGCACAUGAUCGUAAUUUUUAUGUCGAAAGAAGCCAAAACUUGCAAUACUAUUUUUAGCAGACAAAAAAAUAAAAGAACUAAAUAUAAAAUGUAUAAACAUUUUUGACUUGAACAUUCGGAUGGCACUGGGCGCAAAUAGACCAUUCAUCCUUUGGACGGAGUGUUUGGGAAAAAAGAGACUUUUAAAAAGGAGACGGUUGCUGUAAAGAGUCCAUGGAGGGGUUAUGUAGUACUGUAACUCACGACUGUUAAAAAUAAAUCAAUAAAUUGUCCUGUGCUGUAUAAAGGAGGCCUGUUUCACAGUAACACUGAGUUCCAUUUCAGCUGCAGAAGAGGCUGGCUUUUUCUUUUUCUUUUUUUUUCUUUUUUUCUUUUGUUUUCUGGAGAAGGAAGGAGGAAACCUCUGUUUGCUCCUCCCGCGCCUCCCUCUCUUCCGCGCUGCUACUUGGCAGAGUCCAGACUGUUGCUUUUUCGCCACGGCUGACACCGUAUCAUAACUCAGAAGACAACGUCCGCCAGCGACCAGGAAACCGAGGGCUUGCAGUGUGCUCAGAGCCGUUUCAGGAGGUGAAAUCCGUUACAAACAAACAAAAGGAUGUGAUCGUUCGUUGUAAAGCGCUUUGUAAAAUUCACAUUUACAGAAUAAUAAAGUCAGUUCAA